UACCCCUUUCAUGUAAUCUUCAUUUUAAUUUGAUUUCUCGACAAACAAAGUAAACAAAAAAAAAAUGGCUAAGAUUUUGAUGAUUUCAUUUUUUGUGGUUAUAGCCACUUCAAUUGUUUCCGCUCAACUUGGUAUAUUAACUUGUGAUUCAUUAAUUUUGAGUGGAAUGCGUGAUUGUUUAACAAAAUUUGCACCAACCAGAGAUUCUAAUCCAUGCUGUGCUUAUAGAAAAUAUCGAGCUUGUAGCGCUGGUUUACGCAGUGGUCUAAAAGUAGCCGGUAAACAAGCAGGCUGCACAAAUUCAUUAUUAGCUCAAGCUCAUCUAAAUUCUCUUUCUGAUCGUUUGACUGGUGUUCCAUUGAGUAGUUGUAAAGAUGCUAAAAAAAUAUGCCGAAAAUCAUCAUCGAAACCGAAAAGAAAACCCACAUCUAAAGUUGCUUCAUCGCAGCCAUCAUUACUUGGUGAUUCAUCUUCAUUUUUACCAUCCGGUAGAGGUGGAAACAGUGGCAAUCCAUUAGCAUUCGUUCAAGAUUCGAUUUCAUCUGCUGUCGAUUCAUCACGAUCAUUGUUAUCUGGUGGUCUUGGUAAUCUUGGUGGUGGUGGUGGUGGCGGUUCACCAUUUUCAUCAUCCAGACGAACACGACCCUCAAUAUUGGGAAAUAGUUCUCCAUUGGAUUCAGUAUUCAGAGGCAGUGGAUUACCAAUUGGCGGAGGAUUAUUGUGAUCGAUUUUAUUGCCAUCAUAAUUCGUGACCAAAAUUCAAAAUAAAAAUUUUACAAAAAAAAAAUAUAUU